AUGCAGACGAGGCUGCAGAAGCAGCUGAGGCUCCAUCGGCUCCUGAACCUCACAGAUGUUUACAGCUCGAACAGCAGCAGCAUGUCGCUCCUGCAGCUCCACACCUACACCGUAAGGCCCAACGACACGCUCUCCCAUAUCGCCACGAGACUUUCGGUUCCGCUUGCCGCCAUUCUUGAGACCAACGGCCUGCUUGACGCUCAUCACAUCGACGUCGGACAAGUGUUGAGAAUUCCUAGCGCAGAGAUGACGAUGCUAGCUCAGCCCCUCGCCAGCUGCAACUUUUUGAAGAACCCUUCCUUUGAGGUGCUGGAGCAACGGCAGGGCUCCACGAGGAUCAAGGCGGCACACUGGCAAGACAUGAGGCUGAAAGCAGACCAGCAGUAUGCCAUCGACUCUUCCAAGUCUCGCUCGGGGAGAAGCGCGAUGAAGCUGGAAAGCCUCUCAGAGAGGAAGACAGCAGUCGUCGUCAAAGACCUCACGCUCCUCAUUCCCGACGGCACCUACGACUGGUGGCCCCUCACGCUCAACAUCUCUGCCUCCCCUCGGGGGCUGCGGUUGGAGGCAGCGACAAUCUUCGUGAUGCUGCGAGGGGCGAGGGGCUGCGUGUGGCUGGAUGACUUUUCUUUGGUGGAAGUUGAAGGAGAAGCAGAGAAGGAGAGAGAGAGGGCGAAGGAGAUGAGAGAGGAGGUCAUAGCAUCACGGAUCUCUUCCUCCUUGCCUCGCACAAGGUUUUGGGAGGAGGUUGAGGAGACGUUGAAGAUGACAGGGAUGCACCUCGAGCUCUUUCAUCGCAGGAGCCACUUGAGCCCUCAGCCGCAGCAAGUCACACUCGUGUCCCACCUGCCGGUCUCAAGACUAGCCGAGCUGACGGCGCAGCUGAGGCAGGAGGGAGGAGAGGCUCGCGUCGCUCUUACCGCAGGCUGCAGGUCUUGGAGGUCGUUGGCUUCCGUUUGUGUGCUCGUCAGCAACGAGGAAGAGAAACGAGCUGCGAUUGAUAGAGCAGCUGAGAGGCUCGUACGAGGAGGAAGCAAGUGUAUGUUCUCCCUGCGUUUGAGUUUACAGCUCGAGAAACAAACAUGCAACAAGGUGAUUUCAUGGAAGCCUUCCAGUCUCCGCGAGCCCCUGCAGACUCGAUGCGAGCCAGUGUGUCUUGCUCUUCUCCUCCUUCCACAUGACGUCGAAGCAGCUCAGACGGAGGAGAAGUUGAAUCUGAUCCGCCUCUUCGACCAGCGCGUCCUCCGCCAGUUUCAGCAGCUUGAGGCCCCUCGAGCGCAUGCUCCCGUCGACUACGAGCGGUGGAUCGGAGCGACUCGUCCCUACGCGGUGACGUAUCAGCACGACUUCGCUCCCUUCCUCCUCUGUCGCCGUGAUGUCCCUCGCUUCGACACCCGCUUCGUGGGAGAUGUUGGAGGCAGGUCGUCGCAUGCGUAUGAGUUGAGCCGGCGAGGAUACAACUUCCUUGUGCUACAUGACGCUUUCCUCGUUCUCCAUGGCCCUCAACACGCGUCACGUGGAUUCAUCAACACGACGAGGCUUACUAUUCACCACGCGUGGACGGCAGGCGAACAUGUGACGAGGGAGCCUCUCAGCAUGCAUCUGAACCAGUUGAAGUUGCUGCUCAAGUUCCCUCAGCCCAACCAGCCUAGUGACUCAUCAAACACCGUCUAUGAAAGGCAGCGCCGUGCCAUCCCGUCACAGCUGAUGCUAGGAAGAGAACGUUCCAGCUGA